CUUGAGUAUUCUGAAUGCAUCACAGACCAGAAGCUUCCUCCUGGAGGAAAACCCAGCAUUGGAUUACCAGAUCCUAGACAGCUUACAGAAUUUUCAAGAGAGAUGCCAAGUAAAAAUAAAGAAUGUGAUGUUCUGAAAAAUAUUGCUUGUCCUCAUGUUGGAUGUACAAGAGUGUUGGCAAAUAAAGGUUCCCUGAGAAAGCAUCUCCUUAUUCAUGGACCCCGAGAUUAUGUCUGUGCUGAAUGUGAAAAGGCAUUCACUGAGAGCUCAAAACUAAAAAGGCAUUUUCUGGUUCAUACUGGAGAGAAGCCAUUUCAGUGUACCUUUGAAGGGUGCGGAAAACGCUUUUCCUUGGAUUUCAACUUGCGCACACAUGUACGCAUCCACACUGGCGAGAAACUUUUCGUGUGUCCCUUUGAAGGUUGUAACAAGAAGUUUAUUCAGUCCAAUAACAUGAAAGCACACACCUUAACUCACGCAAAAAUCAAGAACCAGUGAAA